AUGCAGUUCACCAUCUUCGUUGCCUUUGCAACUACCACGGUGUUCAUCGGUGUCGAUGCUCGCCCAGUCGAGCAGGACCUUUUCGGCAGGGAGAAGCUCGUUCCCACUGCCGGUCCCAUCGCCAAGAGGGACGACUUCCACCAGAUUAGACCGGAUUUUGAUCACCACGGUCCGGUUUCUUUCCCCAUCGUCCCCACCGCGCCGCAUCAUCCGAUCCCUACUGCGACGAACGAAGGCCCUGUCUCAGACUUUCGUCCCCUCGGUCCAUUUCCUUACCCGACCAUUCCCAGCGCGCCGCAUCAUCCGACUCCUACUACGAACGAGGAUGCCAAUGGCAAUGGCAUUCCAGACCUACCUCCUCCCAUCAAUAUCGGUCCACUCCCCUUCCCACCUUCACUCGAGCCAUUCCCCGUCGGGCACCCCGUCUCCGUGCCCCCAGCCAAGCGCGGAGCCAAUGGCUGGAUUUCGAGCGUAGUGAAGGGGCUCGGGCAGCUGGGGAAGAGGCUCGGCAAGCAUGGCCGCCAUUCGCAUGAAGCAGCUGAGGUAGUGGAGGCAACGUCAAGUCGUGCUGGCCGCGAGGUCGCGGAGGAGAUGGCUGGAUCAGGAGUGGAGGAGGGGAUGGAGCAGGUUGUGGAGUAUAUCAUCGUGGAUGAGGAUGAGAAAGAAGAGCGCCAUCCCGCUGUCGUCAAGCGCGGCUUCGGUGACUGGCUGCAGAAGAUGAAGCACCAUCCCGGCCACCCAUACGGCAAGCACGACCAUCAUGCGCACAAGAAUCUCGAAGGGCGUGACGCCGCGGUUCCAGUUGUCAAGCGCGCCCUGCCGGAAUGGCUGGUGAAGGGGGUGAAUGAUUUUGGGCGUGGUCUCGGGCACGUGUUCGGGAUGCACGGCCGUGACGAGCGCGCGUAG